GACGAGGAGAAGCAGGAGGAGAAGGAAGUAGAAGAAGAAACCGGUCCUUCUUUACACCGGUGCAGCGAUUUAAUUAAACUACUCGAAUCUUGUAACCCUUCGAUCAUGGGGGACAUCAAAAAUUUUCUGUACGCCUGGUGCGGAAAAAAGAAGUUAACCCCUAAUUAUGACAUCCGGGCAGCAGGAAAUAAGAACAGACAGAAGUUCUUGUGUGAGGUCCGAGUCGAUGGUUUUAAUUACAUCGGGAUGGGGAAUUCUACCAACAAGAAGGAUGCCCAGGCCAAUGCAGCCAGAGACUUUGUAAAUUACCUGGUCCGUGCGGGAGAGAUAAGUGCUUCUGAAGUACCUGCUUUGGGCGCCUCUGUUCCAGAUGUGCCUGAUAGUGGUGGUGGUGGUGAAGGAAGUGGUUUUGGGGCACUGCCUGCCAGUGGUCCUUUGCCUCCACAUUUACUUGUGAAACAAGAGAUGGAGACCAACGAGCAAGGCUCUCUUCCGGUUCCCGGAGUAACCGGGCUCGGCUACUCGGGCAGGAACAAUCCACAGUGGGACCGAGGCGCUAAUCUACAGGAGUACUACUCCAGGAAAGAGGAACAGGAUGUGAAAGCUACCCUGGAGUCCGAGGAAGUGGAUUUGAACGCUGGCUUACACGGAAACUGGACGCUUGACAAUGCCAAGGCUCGCCUGAACCAGUUUUUUCAGAAAGAGAAAAUCCAAACAGACUACAAAUACAACCAAGUGGGGCCAGACCACAACAGGAGCUUCAUUGCUGAAAUGACUAUCUACGUGCGAGACCUGCGUAGAAAUAUUUUCGCGCGCGAGCACGGCUCCAAUAAAAAGCUGGCGGCCCAGUCGUGCGCGCUCUCCCUGGUCCGGCAGCUGUACCAUCUGGGGAUCAUCGAGGCUUUCACGGGCCUGACCAAGAAGAAAGACGGCGAGACGCUGGAAGUGUAUAAUGUGAACGUAAGCGACGACCUCAAGCAUCAGCUACAGAGCAUCGUCCAAGAGCUCGGCCUCCAGGUUCCUCCAGUGGAUCCUAGUGGUCCGGUGUCUCUGGUUCAAGGAAAGUUGGCCCACUUUGAGCCGUCGCAGAGGCAGAGCAUGGGGGGCGUGGUGCAGUGGUCACCUCCGCAGGUCAACUGGAACCCUUGGACCAGCAGCAACAUUGACGAGGGACCUCUGGCUUUUUGCACCCCGGAGCAGAUCAGUUCGGACCUGCAAAAUGAACUCUGCUAUCAGAUAGACAAUGAUAACAUCCUGCAGGAGAGGCUGCACAAGCGCGAGCAGCUGCCCGUCAAAAAGUUCGAGGAGGAGAUCAUGAGAACCAUCAACAGCAACCCGGUGGUGAUCAUCCGCGGGGCCACGGGUUGCGGAAAGACCACCCAGGUGCCUCAGUACAUUCUGGACCAGUACAUCAAGGGGGGAAGAGCCUCGGAGUGCAACAUCGUAGUCACUCAGCCGCGGCGAAUCAGCGCGGUGUCGGUGGCCGAGCGCGUGGCGUACGAGAGGAGCGAAGAUGUGGGGAAGAGCUGCGGGUACAGCGUGCGCUUCGAGUCCAUUCUGCCCAGACCCCACGCCAGUGUCCUCUUCUGCACCGUCGGGGUCCUCCUGAGGAAACUGGAGGCCGGAAUCCGAGGAAUCAGCCACGUGAUCGUGGACGAAAUCCACGAGCGAGACAUUAACACCGAUUUCUUGAUGGUGGUGCUAAGAGACGUGAUAAACACGUUUCCUGAGGUGCGCGUGGUCCUCAUGUCUGCCACCAUCGACACGACCAUGUUCAGAGAAUAUUACUUCAACUGUCCCGUCAUCGAAGUGUUCGGACGCACGUUCCCCGUGCAGCAGUAUUUCCUGGAGGACUGCAUUCAGAUGACUCAUUUCAUCCCUCCUCCAUCCGACAGGAAGAGAAAAGACAAGGACGAUGAAGGUGGUGACGAGGAGGUGAACUGUAAUUUAGUGUGCGGCCCCGAGUACGGUCCGGAGACCAAACGCUCCAUGGCCCAAAUGAACGAGAAGGAGACGCCGUUCGAGUUGAUCGAAGCGCUGCUGAAAUACAUCGAAACGCUGCAGGUGUCCGGAGCCGUGCUCAUCUUCCUGCCUGGCUGGAACCUCAUCUACUCCAUGCAGAAACACCUGGAGAUGAACCCGCAUUUCGGUAGCCAUCAGUACCGGAUCCUCCCUCUCCACUCUCAGAUCCCCAGAGAGGAGCAGAGGCUGGUGUUCGAGCCCGUCCCUGACGGCGUGACCAAGGUCAUUCUGUCGACAAACAUCGCCGAGACCAGCAUCACCAUCAACGACGUCGUUUACGUCGUCGACUCUUGCAAGCAGAAGGUGAAGCUUUUUACAGCCCAUAACAAUAUGACCAAUUACGCCACCGUGUGGGCAUCCAAGACCAACCUGGAGCAGAGAAAGGGCAGAGCCGGACGCGUCAGACCAGGCUUCUGCUUCCACCUGUGCAGCAAAGCACGCUUCGAUAAAUUGGAGACCCACAUGACCCCGGAGAUCUUUCGCACUCCGCUGCACGAGGUGGCCCUCAGCAUCAAGCUGCUCAGGCUUGGAGCCAUCGGCCAUUUCCUGGCCAAAGCCAUCGAGCCUCCUCCUCUGGAUGCCGUGAUCGAAGCCGAACACACACUCAGAGAGCUCGAUGCCUUGGACAGCAAUGACGAGCUGACCCCGUUGGGGCGCAUCCUGGCCCGGCUGCCCAUCGAACCUCGUCUGGGAAAGAUGAUGAUCAUGGGCUGCAUCUUAAACGUCGGAGACGCCGUGUGCACCAUUUCCGCCGCCUCGUGCUUCUCCGAACCGUUCAUCAGCGAGGGCAAGCGAUUAGGCUUCGUUCACAGGAACUUCGCAGGCACGCGGUUCUCUGACCACGUCGCCCUGCUUUCAGUCUUUCAAGCCUGGGAUGAAGUCAGGAUGGGUGGAGAGGAGGCGGAAGCCAGGUUCUGCGAGCACAAGCGUUUGCAUAUGUCCACUUUAAGGAUGACCUGGGAGGCCAAAGUGCAGCUGAAGGACAUCCUGAUUAACACCGGUUUCCCAGAAGAGAGUCUGUUAAAUCAGGUGUUUAACAACGUGGGCCCCGACAAUAACCUGGAUGUCGUGAUCUCCUUGCUGACCUACGGCUCCUACCCCAACGUCUGCUACCACAAAGAGAAGAGGAAAAUCCUGACCACCGAAGGCCGAAACGCGCUCAUCCACAAGUCUUCCGUUAACUGCCCAUUCUCCAGCCAAGACCCCAGUUAUCCGUCGCCCUUCUUCGUUUUUGGGGAAAAGAUUCGAACCCGAGCCAUUUCAGCCAAAGGGAUGACCAUGGUCAGCGCCCUGCAGCUCAUUUUGUUUGCCGCCAAGAAAAUCACGUCGAAUGGAGAGGUGGUCGUGCUUGAUGACUGGAUUAACUUGCGUAUCGAGCACGGAGUGGCCGGGGCCAUCGCUGGAAUAAGGGCUGCCCUGGAGGCCUUGGUGGUAGAAGUGACCAAAGACCCAGAGUACAUCCGAAAUAUGGAUCCCACCAACGAACGUCUUCUGAAUGUCAUUCGGCUCCUGUCUAGACCCUCCUCGGCAGGACUCAACCUCAUGACCAGCAAUCCGCGUUUUGGAGACGGUCCCCGACCUCCGAAGAUGUCCCGGAUGGAUGGCGGAGACGGAGGAUACCAGGGUCGGGGAGGAUACCGAGGAGCAGGAGGAUAUGGUGGUGGAGGCGGAGGAUACAGGGGGUCCGGUGGAUACAGGGGGUCAGGAGGGUACAGAGGAUCUGGAGGGUAUAGAGGGUCCGGCGGGUACGGAGGAGCCGGAGGAUACAGGGGCGGCGGUGGAUACCGGGGGUCGGCUGGGUAUGGGGGUGGCGGUGGUUACGGAGGGGGUGGCCGUGGUUACGGGGGAGGUCGUGGAUUCAACCGAGGUGGAUACUGAGGAUUCUAGAGACGGAUUAAAUGUUUCCAGAUGUACAUGUCAUUUUAGGACCAUGUUGCGUUUAAUAUGAUUUUGUCUCGAUUGUUGCUUUUUUUUUCGGAUGUAGUGUUAAAAAAAAACAUUUCAAACGAGUUGUAAUGUCCUGUCAAAUUGGUACAAUAAAGUUGCUGUCUUUACUGAUGAA